AAAGUAAAAAGCGUGCGUGCGAAAAACGCGUGAAAACAGCGAAAACAUUCAGAAAACUAGCGCGAAUCCACAAAGUGGGGGUCUCCGAGCAGGGAAAACGGGCAUCGGGAACGCUAGCGCACGCCCACGCGGUUUCGGCGAAAACUGUGAACAUUUCCGUGUGAUGCUGGCGGCAUAAAAUUUGCCGGCGCGUUCAGACACACGCGCGCCCUUUUCUGUUCGACCGCACCGCCGCGAACGCGCGAGAGCGUUUUUCAGUUUUCCUUUUGCCCCGCAAGUUGGUACGUUUGGUGCAAGGUUUUGCCGGUUUUCCUGUCGGAAAAGUCGGUGCAGCAAGCGUCUGGUAGGCGUCGAGAGUUUCCUACGUGUUUCUCGACCCCCCGCCCAUCGUCAUCGCCGUCGCCGCCGCCGCUACCGCCGCACGACUUCGAUGUUGGCCAGCACCCGCCAGUCGUGGUUUUGUUCGCUAAAGAAGUCGCGUCCUCUGCCUUGUUGAUUCCGGCAUCGUGCGUGUUGGAGCGGUGUGCAGUUAAUUAUACCCGUCCCGAGAGCUAGAAAACUGUCGAAAGAGCAUCCAAUCGGGGUCGCAAGCGUAUUAAGAAAACAAAGUAACGAUGGGUGCGUACCUGACGACACCGAUCACGGAGAAGGAGUCGAGCGACGAGUCGAACGAAUUUCUCGUGGCCGGAUCCAGCUCGAUGCAAGGAUGGCGUAUGAGUCAGGAGGAUGCCCACAAUUGCAUACUUGACUUCGAUGAGAACGUGUCGUUCUUUGCCGUCUACGAUGGACACGGUGGUGCCGAGGUUGCCAAGUAUUGUAGCCUGCAUCUACCGAACUUUCUACGCACGGUGGCCGCGUACGGUGAGAAAAAUUUUGAGCAGGCAUUGAAAGAUGCGUUCAUCGGCUUCGAUGCAACACUACUCGAGGGAUCCGUAAUUCAGGAGCUUCGCGUGCUGUCAGAAAAGACGGAAUCGGGAGAGGCAUACGAGGAGGAGGAAGAGAGCGAUAACGUGGAAAAUUUGCGCGAAGAGGCCAUCAUGCCUCUGUACGAGGUGUUGCAGAAGUACCGCAAGGGUGGGAAGCCACCAGCGACAGCGGCAGCAGCAGCAGCGGCAGCGGCAGCAACGGGCAGCCGGCCGUCGGGAUCUUCCCGCGGAUCUUCGAAGACACGUUUAGCCGAGGUCAUGAAGGAGGCCGGAGCCGGCUCUAAACCCAUUUCACCGCUACUGAAAGGCAAAAAAGCGACCGUUGCUGAUGAAGACGGGGAUGCGGAUGGUGAGGCAACCGCCGGUGGCUCCGAUGGUGAUGGUGAUGUUGCUGCCAGUUCGGCUGAAGCCGCUCCUGCCGCCAAAGAAGCGGGCACGAAAGCAACAGAGGAUGCAAGCGGUGAUGCAGCCAUAGAUUCCACGGUCAGCAGCUCUAGCAACAAGGCAGUCGAAGGGCGUGAUGAUGGCGCAGCGGCACACCAGGAACCAUCCUCAUCUUCCUCAUCCUCAGCAGCCUCCGCCGUUAGAAAGGAAGAGCAGAUUGAUGAAAUCAGUGAUACGGAUGGCGUUAUCGUGGACAAAUCAACUGCAAGCGCCGUUAAGGAUGUAAAGGAUACGUGCGCCCCGGACAGCUCAUCAUCCGAUCCCAGCAAACAACAGCCGGCACCAGCGGCAACCAGCAAGGUGAAUGGUGACGUUGGCAAAGGACCGAGCGCUUCAUCGGCCGCGGCAGUCUCAUCAUCGUCGUCAUCUAGCGCUAGCAGCGGUGGCCAGGAGAAUGGUGUCGCUUCGAGUGACUGCGGGGGUUCCAAGAAGGCAGAAUCCGUGCACAGCAGCAGCAGUAGCAGCAGUGGGGGUAGUGGUGGAGGAAGUGGAAGCAGCAAGGCUGCUUCUGCUACUGCCAGUCCUGCGGCUGGUGUUCGACGGGCUAGAGUGGAAGCGAAGAAUGGACCGGCCAAGCCAUCGCACGUAGUUGAUGACGAUGAUUCGGAUGACGAUGAUGAGAGCGAUUCGGACGAAGAGUUUCCACCGGUCGCUGAACCCACCGACACCUCCAGUACUGAGGAUGGCGAUGAGGAAGAGGCCGACAAUGGUGAGGAGUGCAGCGAAGAGGAUGAAGAUGUAGAGGAAGAGUACGAAGAGGAGGAAGAGGAAGACUACAUGAACGAGGAGGACGAAGCAUUUAUGCGCAACAUCUCGGACGAACCGGGCAAAGACAGUGGAUGCACCGCAGUCGUCGCACUGCUACACGGAAAGGAUCUCUACGUGGCCAAUGCCGGUGAUUCACGAUGUGUCGUUAGCCGCAAAGGAGAAGCGCUCGAGAUGAGCUUCGAUCACAAACCAGAGGACACAAUCGAGUUCGAGAGGAUAGAAAAAGCUGGUGGACGCGUUACGCUCGAUGGCCGUGUCAAUGGAGGAUUGAAUCUGUCGCGCGCCAUUGGUGACCAUGGUUACAAGAUGAACAAAUCGCUCCCAGCCGAAGAGCAGAUGAUCUCCGCGCUGCCCGACAUUCAAAAGAUCACGAUUGGUCCGGAAGACGAAUUUAUGGUGCUGGCGUGCGAUGGUAUCUGGAACUUUAUGACCAGCGAAGAGGUGGUCCAGUUCGUGAAGGAGCGCAUCAGAAAGCCGAACGUUGUGCUGUCGGAGAUCUGCGAAGAGCUAUUCGACAACUGCCUAGCUCCGCAUACCAAAGGUGAUGGUACGGGUUGUGACAACAUGACGGCGAUCAUUGUUCAGUUCAAGCCCAACUUCACCGGUGCAGCGUCGCGGAAGCGGGGAGCUAGCUUCACACUUGGCGCUAGUACCAAUUCCGAUGUCCCUGCGUCCGGUUCGAAGAAGAUUAAAACAGAUACCACCACGGGCACCGUGGGUGAGGCGGCCGCAUCAUCGAGCACGGACGGUACCAGCAAUGGUGCUGCAGCGGUAGAGGCGACUGAUGAAACAGAGGCAGUAGCAGCGGUCGCCUCGAUCGACACGCCGAUGGAUACGACGGCGUCGGUGGCCGGUUCAUCCGAAGCCACCUCAUCAUCAUCAACGUGAAGCGUACGGCAGUGCGGUCUGCGUUACUCUAACAGACAGUCCACAGUUGGACCAUCUUCCUUUUCCCCACUAAUUCACUCACUCACACACGUCGCCGCCGACUUCAGGGAGUAAGCUCGAGUUUAUCCUUCGUUCAUAUCGUUGUCACACCGUGCUUGCGUUUCUCAUUUUAUGCGUUCUUUUACUAAGAUGGGUUAAUUGUACCGUAGCUUCUUCACCGUGGACACCUCGUAGGCAGGCCACCACUAUUCACAGUGCAGCGUUCGGGCGAAUUCUCAAAUGCUCAAUAUCAGUAUCAGUUUUGGGAAAAUCAGUUUGGGAAUGUAGCCCAUCGUCCAGGCAACACAACACCGCAGCGAUCGGUACAUAGAUCACUGGAUCCCGCUUUCCUUUAUCUUGUUUUUAUUUUUCACGAACGUGUUUAGAAGGGAAUUAGGAUUGUAAGGGAAAAAGUAAUAAGCGAGAACACAAUUAUGGCCAACAAGUGGUCUUUUGGAAAGUCUGUUUCGAUUUUCCCACAAAAAUGUCUAUUCUUAACGAUCGUCACUCGAUGAGUUGCGAAACCGUCGUCAAAUGUAGAGGAUUCUGCGUGUGUACUUUAUAGACCGUUGUACAUGUAGUUUGUGUGUGUGUGGACGACGCGUCGUCCGCUUUAGAACGGAGCGAGUGGUAGGACGGGGAGGAGGAGGGGAGAAGGUGUUCGUACCGGAACAGACUUAAUCCACAGAAGAGCAUAUUAACAUGCUAAAAAUGAAGAAAUCUUAAAUACCGCCUGCAUGUUUCUAGGGCGAGUAAAUGGAACAUUAGAAAAGGGACAUAAGUAAGCAGCAUGGAAGAGAGCAUACAUUUAUGUACAUAAUGUGUCAAUGUCGAAACAUAAAACUACAAACGAAUAAAACAAAAUGCGGAGGUUUUUGGAAGGCAGUAGAAAUAGUGAGCAUAAUAUAGCGCUAGCAAUGUGAACAUUAACUCCCCUUCCAACAUUCUUUCCUCUGAUACCACCUUCGAAGUACAGGUGUUUGGGCAUGAGACACAAAUGUGAAUUUAAAUACAAAAAAAUCAAACAUAUAAAA